AUGGCCACGACAAAGAGCUUGUAUGCUGACUCUUGUUAUCAGGUUAGGGCUGUGACUGAAGACGACACUGGCAUCAAAGUCUUGCGCGAGCCAAGUAACCCGAACAUCGAGUAUGACACAUCCUGGAAUAUUGUCGCUAUUCACGGCCUUGGAGCGCAUCCAGAUGAUACUUGGUGCAAAAAUAUCGGCACACCGGAAAGUCCGCAAUGGGUCAAUUGGCUAAAGGACCCCAACAUGCUUCCCUCGAUAGCCUCGAACGUCCGGAUAAUGCGCUAUGGAUACGAAUCAGCAUGGUUUGGCUCUGAUGCAAUCAAACAAAGUACCACUGACGCUGCCGAAGAGUUUUUGGAUGAUCUCAAAGGUCUGAGGGAGGAUUCGCCUAAUCGACCUUUGAUCAUUAUUGCACACUGUUAUGGUGGACUCGCUAUGAUCCAUGCUCGCCUCCACAGCAAGCGAUGGCCAGACCUCCUCAGCUUCACGACUGGUCUCGUCUUCUUUGGAACCCCUUUUCGUGGUGCUGAAGGCAUCAGCCAGAGUGAGCUGCUCCAAGCCGCUAUCGAAGAACACAAAGUCGUCGAAGCUCAGGCGCUUCGAAUUUUGGACCCUGGCAACGAUCCACUCGAAGAUCUGGUCACCGAUUUCUGCAGGUUACACUCGGUGCCGCACAAAGCGCAGAUUGCAUGCUUCUUCGAGCAGAAACCCAGUAACAUAAUGGCAAUUGUGGGCAAGAAUGCACAGAAGAGUUUCGUGGUCAGCAGAAGCUCGGGAUGUUUGGACGAGUCCGAAUCAACACAGAAGUAUCGACUCGCUCGUACUCACUUUGACAUGAACAAGUUUGGCAAGCCCUCGGAGCGGGGAUUUACGAAAGUGGCGCAAGUCGUCAAGGGCAUGGUCGAGGCAGCACCGAAUUUGCUGCUCUCACGUUUGGAGGGU